CAACAACAACUACAACAUUAAAUAUUGUGAGAUCUGAAGCAGAACGACAUGAAAUUUUCUACAUUUGUGUUGUAACUCACCUGAUCUGAAUAACUCAACAGUAAUAUCAACACACUAUCAUAUAAAUCUAUUGAAACUGUGCCAUGAUGUCAUGUGAUAGAACGGAGGAAUGAGAAUUAUAGCGAGGUAUUUACCUCGCAAAUGUCGUCGUGUGAUUACAGUGUGUGUUGUAGCAUCGCUAGCUGCCUUUAUUUUAUCACUUUAUACUGGAAUACAAGAGAAACAAUUAAAUACAAGACAAUUUCUUGUAAAGGUAAAUGAUCCAUUUGGUAGUCGACACAAGCGAACUUGUACCCUACAACAAUAUUUAAAACAUGAAGCGACUUCAAAUAACAAGGCCACACAAGUUUCAAGAACUGACUAUGAGGGGAAUAGUCAAUGUUUCAUUGGUGGUUACAACCAUGCUGAUAUACAGAUGGAAGAUAUUUGGGAUAGAAUAAAUCUAGGUUACCCAGACUUUGUUGUAACGGUUACAGGUUGGUUGGACACAAUUCAGGUGAAGUCAUGGACCGCCAAACCGCUUCAUGUUAUAGUUAUGCCCCAUUCACAUCAAGACCCAGGCUGGCUGGAAACAUUAGAUUCGUAUUUCUCUAUGUCUACACAACCAACACUUGAUCUCAUGAUAGAGAAACUGACAGCAAACCCAACUUGGUCGUUUAUAUGGACAGAGGUCGGCCUAUUACAAAUGUGGUGGAUAAAGGCAACCAAUAAACAAAAAUCAUUGUUUAAAAGUUUAGUGCAGAGAGGUCAGCUAGAGCUUGUAUAUGGGUCAUGGAUUAUGACAGAUGAGUCUGUGGCUCACUAUGGUGCCAUGCUUGACCAGCUUACAGAGGGACAACUGUGGCUAAAAGACAACCUGAAUGUAACGGUAGAAAACAGCUGGGCUAUUGAUCCAUUUGGUCAUUCAUCUACCAUGCCUUAUUUACUGGGUCAGUCAGGGAUUCAAAACAUGGUAAUACAACGGGUGCAUUAUGCAGUAAAACGACAUUUUGCUCAACAGAAGGAUUUUGAAUUCAUCUGGCGACAGAAUUGGGACGACACAGGUACAACGGAUAUAUUUUGUCACAUGAUGCCGUUCAUGUUGUAUGGCAUACCUUAUUCAUGUGGACCAAAUCGUCACGUCUGCUGCAAGUUUGACUUUCAUCAGAAACAAUGUUUCCAUGGGAAAAAACAUACUGACGUGCUGCAUGUUACGAAUGAUAAUGUCGCUGAAUUAGCAAAUGAAUUGUGGGAGCAGUUACAGAUGAAGUCCGAAUUGUUCCGGAGUAAUGUUCUUUUGUUGCCGCAUGGCGACGAUUUCCGGUAUAAAACCACAGAAGAAUGGGACGAACAGUUUGAAAAUUUACAGACAAUCUUUAAUUACAUCAAUGACAAACCUGAAAUGCAGAUGAAAAUCGAGUUUGGAACUUUGAAAGAUUAUUUUAAACAUUUACACAAAAGUUCGGGUAGACAUAAAGCUGAUGACUAUCCGGUACUGAGUGGGGAUUUCUUUCCGUACACUGACAGAAGUGACCAGUACUGGAGUGGUUUCUACUCGACUAGACCCCACUUCAAGUUUAUGGUCAGGCAACUUCAGCAAUUCUUAAGAUCUGCUGAAAUUCUGUUCACGUUUUGUAUGUCAUACCUAAACGUGAACACGAACAUGUGGGAUCUGUACAGUAAACUGGAGACGGUCAGACGAACACUAGCUCUGUCACAACACCAUGAUGCCAUCACUGGUACAAGUAAACGUCAUGUUAUGAAUGAUUAUAGUGAUAGAGUGAGAUCAGCUCUUCGAGAUAUCUUUCAAGUCAACAAACAGUCGAUCACAAACAUCUUGGGAGAUAAAAGUCAAAACAACAUAGUUGUACAACUUACAGAAGACUACCCGAAAGAUGGUUAUUUUCCUUCAAAACUUGUAUGCAGUUUAAACACACCGAUUAAUCUAGUAGUUUGGAAUGAUGUGGGACAACCAAGGCAUGAUUUAAUACACAUUGUUGUGGAUACGCCCUAUGUCAAGGUCACAGACCGGUUAAAACAACCAAUCAAAUACCAGAUCAGUCCAGUCUGGGAUACCAGUCAGAGAUCUGUUGAAACUAAAAACUAUUUGUUAUCAAUAGAAGUGGACGUUGGAGCUUUUUCCCUGUCUACUUUUACAGUGUGUGCAGAAACAUCUGUUGGUACAUCCGGUUCUAAUGUUAAGUUUGCGGCCUUGUUUAAUGUCAUAAACAGCAAAGAUAAAAGUCUACCUCUUGAUAUUGGCCAUUUCCGCAUGAACCAAUUACCUUCCUCGUCUAUUACCGUGUCUAACUCGUACCUGACUGCCUUAUUCAAGACAUGUGAUGGAAUGUUAUAUUCUGUAAUGUAUAAAGAUCACGGGGAGACUUACAAGGCAGACACUCAUUUUGUUACAUACACCACCGGUAGACAUAUGCAACCUUUCCGUGAUAAAAGUGGAGCUUAUACCUUUAUACCAGACGGAGUUGCAAAAGAUUUUUCUGAGAAACCGGAUGUUAUUAUCACGAAAGGGGAAUUGUUUACAGAAAUAAGAGCCAUAUAUAAAGAUAUUGUACAUGUUUCCAGAAUUUAUAACAUUUCAGGUUCCCUUGGUCAUAUUAUACAUGUUGAAAAUUUCGUAAACAUCAACAAUCAACGUUGGAACAACACCGAGUUAGCCAUGCGUGUCGAGACAUCUUUGAACUCUAAUGAUUAUUUCUACAGCGACUCCAACGGCUUUCAGCUUCAUCGCCGGAAGACAAGAUCAAGGAUGUCUCUCCAGGGAAAUAUUUACCCAAUGACGUCAUCGGCAGUAUUAGAAGAUAAUACGUCUAGGUUUACUUUAUUAACGUCUGAAAGUCACGGAGUAGCAAGUCUCGUCACGGGAUGGUUGGAAGUUAUACUGGACAGAAGACUUUUACAAGAUGACUGGCGGGGAUUAAACCAAGGUGUGACGGAUAAUAAACUAACAAAAAGUUCAUUUUAUCUUACGUUUCAAAAGAAAAUCAAUGGAUAUAAGGAAGAACUGUCAAAAAAUAAGUACAUGAGAGUUGACACAUUCAGAACAAGCCACUUGGCGGAUAUAUUGAACAGUCCGUUGAAAGUGUAUUCAACAUCAGUAAUAGAUACCAUACCAGACGAUAGAAAGAACGGACAGUUUCUGCCAACUUUGCCAUGUGGUUGGCAUAUAUUGAACAUUCGCAUGCUGCCUGUUCACAGUAAACAUAAAGAAGCAUUGGUCACUAUUCACAGACGAGGUCUAGAUUGUUCGUUUCUUGAUAAAAUCAUGGCAUGCUCAGGGAAGGGAUCGCUAGAAUGGUCAGAUUUUGGGUUACAACUUCUUACAGUUUCCGAGAUGUCACUUACUGGUGUAUCAGAGAUUAGCAACCAUCCUAUAUCAAAUAUAAUAGAUAUUAAACCUAUGGAGAUUAAGACAUACAAAAUAGCAUUCAGAUAAUGAACAUGAUAAACUACUAUAACUAUAUAAAAUUACAAACAUUUUAAAUGUGUUUCAAAAAUUUAAGCAAUAGUUAAGAUCGAGUUGAUUAAACCAAUGUUCAAUAAAUACACAUUUAUUAUCAACAUAUUGCGGGCAGAAAUCGUUAUGAAGCUUUAUGAUUGUUUUCCCACUGAGUAAAACAUGUACAGAUAGGUAUUUUACCACGUUUAAUAUUAAAUGUGUAUUUUUAUUUGUAAGUAAUUAUAAUUUUAUAGUUUCUUUUAAAUCAAAAUGAUUGCAAAUAAAAAUAUUACUAUGUUUGUAUUUGUAUUAGAAUGUUAAAGGCUCUUAUAGAGCCGUUUUGAUUUUUAUGUAUAUUUUAAUGUGUAAGUACAUGUAAUAAGAUUUUUUGAAAUAAAAUGAUAUGCAUUUUACUUCA